GGGGACCAGGCUCCAAGAAAGGUCGUUUAGUCUCCGAGCUAGUGGAAGUCUUUGAUUUUACAUUCAUUAAUGUGGAGAAGGUCAUGUUACAGAAGGUAGCAGAAGCAGCCAAUCAGUCUCCAACACUCACCAAUGAACAAGGCGAUCGUAAAGAAUCUGUGCAUGAACUGAAAAAGAUACUGGAGGAGGACCCAUCCACCAUUUCCCUGCAGUGGAUCUUGCGUGAGAUCGCAGCAUUGGUGGACGCAGACCCACAUGGGCGCUACCUGGUGGACAUGAUGCCAAACCUGAAGUAUGUCAUCCGUUCAGCAAAUUUCUCCAAGGACUGCUCAGCUCUUAUGGCGCAGUUUGAGGAAAAGUACACAAUAUCAUUCAGUAUAUACUUCUCCCUGAACAUUAACAACAAGAGCAAGAAUUCCAAGAAAGUGCAGGAGGUCGUCAAGGAGGAGAACACUGAGGAUAAAGGUGGAUUUCAGUCAGAUGAGGUGGAUUUGUCACGGACAAAGAAAAGAGCAUCUAUGUUUGAAAACAGUGUCCGGCCAUUUCUUCAAUACUUCGAUAAGUCAGAGCGGCUUGUGACGGUGGAUGUGUCGUGCCGAAAUGCAGAUGCCGUUCUCAGUCGAUUGUCUGAUUUUUUUGGUGGACUUGGUUUCCAGAACUUGAAACCACUCAGCUCUGUAGUUGUGUUCAUCUUUGAUUCUAAAGCCGUGGAUGCAGACCUGCUACAGGAGCAUGAUAUUGAGUAUGUGAAGCUGGAGAAGCAUGGCACAAGGUUAUCACUGGCAUCUUUGGAUGAUGCUGUGAGAAUGUUUGUGAACAAACUCAACCACAAGGAGCACAAGACUUACCUGGUAGACCUCAGCGCCACAAAUAUAACCAAACAGACCACAGUCGAGGUCGGCAAGUCAGUGAUAGUGUUUGUCAACGAGGCCAACAUCGAACGCUACUUCAACAUCCCAGGCUGCCAGGGCAAGUUCAAGGCAGUAUCGUCCCUGGAAAAUGCUGUCUGCGUCUUCCCGACAGACACCAACCCAGACCUGUGCAAGAAGAUCACUGUGGCAUUCAAUAACGAGAUCUCCGCAGCCAAGGGCAAGCACUCUGUUGAACUCGGAUGA